AUGCGUGUAGCCUACCAAGGCGUAUCGGGCGCCUAUUCGGAGAAGGCAACCCGUGAGCUUCUCGGACCAAAAGUGACGGCCGUUGGGCAUCCAAACUUUGAAGCCUGCUUCCGAGCAGUCGCCUCGGGCGAGUGCGAUUAUGCGUGCUUACCGAUAGAGAAUUCUCUUGGCGGUAGCAUCCACGAAAAUUACGACCUCAUGCUGCGGUAUGAUCUCACCAUCAUCGGAGAACACGACUUUCGUGUCAAACACUGUCUCUUGGCCAAACCCGGCGUCAGACGAGAAGACAUCAAAUACGCCAUAUCACAUCCUCAAGCUUUGGCGCAGUGUGACAAUUUCUUGCGGGGACUUGGCAUUACUCCGGUGGCAACGUACGACACAGCAGGAUCGGCAAAGAUGAUAUCUGAGGGGGAAGGCCUGCCGGAACGACCAAAGUGCACGCCAGAGAAUACAGCAGCCAUUGCUUCUGACUUAGCGGGAAAGACAUACGGCCUAAACUGCUUGGGCGAAGGUAUUGAAGAUGACGAUACAAACUUUACACGAUUCUUGCUGCUCUCCCGAAAGGAUGUGGUACAAUACUUGACAAAAAAAAUCCCAGCCAAAACUUCAGUCGUCUUCACGUUGCCCAACACCCCUGGAGCUCUCUAUAAAGCUCUCGCUUGCUUUGCGUCACGCGAUAUUGAUUUUUCCAAGAUUGAAUCCCGUCCGACAUCUGCAUCCCUUUUGAACUUUUUGAAAUUCAAGUCGCAGCAGAUGGGAAAGAAAGCACGAAACAAAGCCGAUUUACCCCGUUUCCGCUACUGUUUCUAUCUUGAUUUCCUGGCGAAUCAGUUGGACGAGAAUACGCAGAAUGCCUUAGCUCAUUUGCGUGAACAGGCCGACUUUGUCCGUAUUCUGGGUUCGUAUCCACAA